AUGCCCGUCGUCUCGAAGAGCGUUGAUGAGCUCAAGAAACUUCCCAUUGAGAACCGCCUCUUCAUCAAUGGAGAGUUCGUUCCCUCGAGGAGCGGGAAGAAAUUCGAUGUCAUCAACCCAACUUCGGAGCAAAUCGUUGCUUCUGUUUUUGAAGCAGAUGCCAAUGACGUUGACGAUGCGGUCGCUGCUGCCAAGGCCGCAUUCCCGGCGUGGUCGGAGCUGGAGGCCACCGAACGUGGUGCCUAUCUGUACAAGCUGGCUGAUGCGCUCGAAAGGCGUUUUGCUGAGGUUUCGUACUUGGAUGCCAUCAGUAUGGGAAAGCCCGUUGAUAGCGAUUUCGCAACCCACUCCGCCAUCAAACAGCUGCGCUACUUUGCAGGCAAGGCAACUGAUGUCCAAGGGGAUACCUCUCUCAACACUCCCGGGUUCGUCAAUCUUGUCUUUCGCCAGCCCUUUGGCGUUUGUGGCGCGAUCACGCCGUGGAAUGUGCCCGUUACUAUGAUCACGCAGAAGCUUGGCCCAGCGCUCAUCACGGGAAACACGCUUGUUCUCAAGACAUCUGAAAAAGCGCCACUGAGCCCUCUGGUGAUUGCCCAGUGUUGCCAGGAAAUCGGCCUUCCCAAGGGUGUCUUCAAUAUCCUCAGUGGCUUUGGACAGCCUUGUGGCGAGGCCAUCGCACGCCACAUGGACAUAAGGAAGAUUUCCUUCACCGGAUCUACAAAUACUGGUCGUGCCAUCAAGAAGGCUGCAGCAGAGUCCAACCUCAAGAACGUCACCAUUGAGCUCGGAGGCAAAAGCCCGCUCGUCAUUUUUGACGAUGCUGACAUCGAAAAGGCUGCUAAGGCCUCGGCCUUUUCCAUCCUGUUCAACUCUGGCCAGACGUGCGUUGCCAGCUCGAGAGUUUUUGUCCAUGCCAAAAUCGCCGACGAGUUCACCAUGGCUCUCAAGGGAGUAUUUGCUGCCUUGGGUACGAGUAAUGAUCCACUGGCGACUGGAACUUUCCGCGGGCCUCAAGCUGACAGGCUGCAAUCCCAACGAAUCAUGGAAUACAUGAAUGGAGCAAAGGCGGAGGGGUUGGAAAUUGUUACGGGCGGCAAGCGGGAGAGAGACACAGGGUAUUUCAUCCAGCCAACCAUUAUCAAAAAUGCACCGGAAGACUCAAAGGUGUUCAAGGAGGAGAUCUUUGGCCCCGUUAUGUGUCUCAAUGUCUUCGAAGAUGAGGAAAAGGUGCUGCAGAGCGCGAACAAUACUGAAUUCGGCCUGUAUGCUUCCGUCUUCACGAAGGACAUCUCGCGCGCUCUCCGUAUUUCGAAGAAGUUCGAGGCUGGAAAUGUCGGCAUCAACUGUUCAAGCCCUACGAUGACGCUUGAUAUGCCAUUUGGCGGUUGGAAACAAAGUGGCGAGGGUCGCGAGAACUCGAAAUAUGCUACGGAUCAUUGGACGGAGCUGAAGUCGGUCUAUAUCGCACUAUAG